AUUAUACCUGAAGAAAGAUUAGGCAGCAUAUCUGGUGGUUAUUCUCAAUCAUUAACAUGGUCACCAGAACUCACCUCUUGUCUAGAAGAAGAAUAUACAAUAAAGAAUACACAACUUAAAG